CCCCGCGCUGCUCCCGCCGCCCCCCGGUCCCGCGGGCCGGGAUGGAGGAGCCGGCUGCAGCAGCAGGGGAGGGCGAGGCUCGGCCUCUGCCGCGGCCCCCCCGGGGCUGACUGGCCCCUUUGGGUCGCUUGGAGGACACGGAGAGAGGUCACCUCCAGCUGAGGCUUGGCCUCGCUGGCAGGGGCAGCAAGGGAUGGGGCUUUUGCUGGGGCCCACCACGGUCCUCUGGUGUGUGUAACAGGUGCUGACCCAUAGCCCAAGCUGCAGGGAGCCAGCCCCAGGCAGUGGGGAGCCAGCUCCAACCGUGGAGAGCCAGCCCCAGGCAGCGGGGAGCUUUCCCUGGGCAGCCCGGAGCUAGCCUCGGGCAGCAGGGAGCCAGCUCCCACCACCAGGAGCCUUCCCCGGGCAGCAGGGAGCUAACCCCGGGUGAGGGGGAGCCAGCUCCAACCAUGGGGAGCCAUCGCCAGGCAACGGGAACCAUCCCCUGGCAGCAGGGAGGCCUUGCACUUGCUGGCCCUCGAGCUGGGUGCUGCCCAGGCAGGCAGCCCAUGCCUGCAUGAGCCCCCCACACUCCCAGUUCUCUUCUGCCACCAAUCACAAAGGCAGUGGGUGGCUCUAAGGGACCUCAUACCACAAAUUAUCUAAGGAAGGCAGAAAGCCCUGCGAAUCUGCAGGGAGCAUCUGGGGGAAGCAAGGCGACCGGAGGGCUCGCUCUGCACUGGGAGUGGGCAGCUGAGCGCAGGUGCCCUCUGAAAAAGCUGGGUUGAACAAGCAGGACUUGUCCAGUCACUCCUUUGUCCCCAUCUGGCUGGCCCAGGCAGUUCAGCAACCCUUUCCAGACACCUGGGACUCCAGCUCCCUGACCCAGCCCAGCUCCUGGAAAUACCAGAAGACCAGGGAGACUGGGGUCUGCCACAGCUCCUGGCUCAGGGCCGCCUGAGGGCUCUUUCCUCGUAUGUCCUGGGCUCUGCUGGCCCUGGCUCCUGCACCCGCUGCCCUUUGCCUGGCCACUGGCUUGAGAGCCGGGACAUGGCAGUGCAGGCAGCAGCAGGGACCUGCCAGCCCCGAGAGACACCUCAGAAAAAUUGCAUGGAAGCUGCAAGAAAAUGGGGGGUGAUUGUCACAGCCCCAGUGACUGUCACAGCUUAAUAAUUAGUGGGCAGAGGGGGUGGAAGUACAGCCUGUCUCUGUCUAAUUUUGCAGCCACGGUUGUAAUGAUUGUUGCAAAGGACUGAAACAGAGCAAAAGAGCUUCAGGUUGCAUGAGGAAUCAGGAGGGGCCCUGACCUGGCGGGUCCUGAGGGAUGAAGGAUGCUGUGCCAGUCAGUACCCAGCUCAUCACCCUCAGCUCCCACCUUGCAAGGCUCAGGCAGUGGGCAGCGGCUGGACCGCGGGGCUCAGAGCGCGCCCUGGGAUGCUGGCCUGCUCCCUGCCUGCCUCUCCCACCCUUGCAACUGCCUAGUGCAGCUCGGAGUGGGACGGGAGCUAAUUGCACUUCUGCAUCAUUAAAGGGAUUCUUGGGAGCUAGAAGUCACCUUCACAGCACUGUCGGGAAAGGCCCAAGGGGGGUUUGUGAGGCCAGCCUUUGUACCAAAGCUCAUUUAACUCUGCGCUCGAGUACAGGGCACGUCUCCCUGCCAGUCUGGAGAUCUCCAGAACUUCUUCCUGGUGCCUGUCCCCCCCUGGGGAGACAGUGGAGCUGCACCUGUCUGCUGGGGGCAGGAGGAGUGGGACUUGGCACUGGAUGGCUUGAAACUCAUCUCACGUGUGAAGCUGGGGUAAAUACUUGGAUGCUCGCAGGCCGUUUAGGCUUGGGACUACUGGGACCUCAAUGGCUUGGGCAUUCCUGAGCAGCUACACACAGGCUUCCUUGCCGAGAGGUGGUGCUGGUUCCAGGCUGGAGCUUAUCUGCCGAGGGGAGGAAGCUGAAACUUGAUAAGAAGCAGCCCUGUGGUGGGUCUGGGUCGCUGGCAGGGGGGUUGCUCGCUAGCUGGGAGAGGAGGGCAGGGACCCACAGUACCAGGAGGUACCUUGGCUCAUCUUGGGCAGGGUCGUUUUUUUGCCCCUUCACAGGUCAACACAUGGAGAGGUGUUCCUGAUCAUUAAAAUCCAGCCUUCCUCAUGUUCCAACGGGCUGGAUAAGGCUGCAUAAAUCUGGGGCCUGCAAACCUCAGCUCUGCCUGCUUGACUGAUGUGUAUCUUUGAUGCUUCUCUAAUGCUGGUGGGCCCUCGCAUCCCUCUACACCCCUUCCUCACACAUCGGGAGAACUGAGCAGGCUCUCGUGGCCAGGAUGCUUGCUUGCAAACAUGGCAGUGUUUGGAGGGGCGCGCUGGAGAAGGCAGCAUGCUCACGGGCUGCAGGGACUGAUGUGAUGAGUUAGCAGGUGUCUGCGGCCAGUGGUCUGGUGGAGCUGGGAGGCAACUCUCUGGUUGUUGUGUCUGUCCUUGGCUGGCUUGAUAACUGUAGAACAGGGUCCCGGAAGAAGCCAUGGCUGUUGAGGCAGGUCUCCUUGUCCCCCCGUCAGCUGGAGCCAUGCGCAAGUGCUGCCUGGGUUGCUGGGGGGAAAAUGAACUCUGUUGGUAUCCACCAUCCUUUACUCAUCCCAUCAUUUGGGUCUGUGACGUUGCUGGGUGGCUGGCACGGGGGUGGAUGGUACCAGCCCCUGACAAGACAUGUGCUCCUCACACUGGCCCAGCGGCCCCAAAGCCACUUCUUGAAGUAAGCUGGGGCUCGGGGCUGCAUUCCCAUCUCUGCUACUGUCCUGGCUCCCAGGGGCCUCUGUCCUCCAGGAAAGGCAGGCUCAGCGCUACCCCUGGGGCUCUGGGAAAGUGGUCCCCAUGGAGCCUUUGCUCACAGCUUUUGGAAGAAGCCAAAGCGAGAGGAAGCUCUGGGAGUUCUUGCAGCUUUCAAGGUGAAGUCAGGUGAAUUCAGGAAGGCCUCUACCUUUUUUAGCUAGUAAGCAUUGGGAGGCUGGGGGAAGAGUGGUUUGAGCCAGCCAGGAGGCAGUGGCAGGCUCCCAGCUGCUGAUUUCCAGGUGAGGAUGCCAACAGCUGCUCCAGCUGGGUCAUGCAGGAACAGCUGUGCUCUGCUGGAGAGGGUCGAGCAUGUGCUGGUGUCCCCCCGGGUCACCUGUGGCUUUCAGAUGGUGCCGGUUGCUGCUCUGGCCAUGACUGGGUGAUGCUUCAGCUCCAUAACUCUGCUCAGCUGGGGGGAGCACAGCUUGUCCUUACCAUGCCCCCCAGGACCCUGUCCGGCACUGCAGCAGGGAUGUACAAAGAGAGAGAGACAAGCCCCUCCACCCUGACCUGCCACCUUUGCAGGACCCCCGCGUGAACCGUGGGUGCGCAGGGGACGGGCUGUGCAGAGGACAGGCUGUGCAGAACCGUGGCCCCUCCGCCGUCCCUCCCCGGGCCCGUGGCAGGGAAGGAAGAGGGGCCGGGGCCGGACAAUGGGCUGUGGCGCUGACUCAAACAGCCAGUUCCUGGUCGCUUCCUCUCCCCCCAGGCUGGAGCUGGCCGUGGGCAGGAAGGCGGAGGGAGCUCGUUUUUCCUUCACUUCUCUCAGCCUGUUUUUGAAGCGAGGGCUCCCGAGCGGCAGGAGCGAGCGUCCUGUUGCCGGUGCCCCAGCCAUGGCCAAGGCGGAGUGGCUCCUGGUGCCCUGGCACCGCGGAGCCACCUCUAACCUGGACCUUGAGAGCAAGAAAGCCGCCCACACCAAGCUGUCAUGGCAGCAGCCAGUGAACGUCUUCCUGGCAGCUGGGCGCCCGCCAGGCAUGGAGCAGCUGCACCAGGAGGCCCAGCUCAACCUCCAGAGCUUGCUGCAAGAGGAGUAUGAGGAGCAGUACGCCGAGAACAGGGUCACUGGGCAGACCUUCCGUGCCACUGGUCACCUGCCCCCUGACACCCCCCCUGAGCCAUCGCCCCGGCCCCUGCCUGCCAAACGCCUCGAGUUCGUGCUUAUGCCCCCGAGCCAGCGAGCAACCGAAGAGGAGACUGUUGGCACAACUGCACUCGGUGCUCGGGCACCCAGCGCCUCCCUGAGCCUCCCCACCAGUCCAGACAAGCAGCCAUCCUGGACCAGGGCCUUCCACCUGCCCACCGUGGAGGAGAAGCAGUGGCACCAGUCCUGCUCCAUCCAAACCAACAUCGUCCCCAUCAAUGUCUCAGGGCAGCACUUUGCUAGGCACGCGGGUGCUCGUCACUCCCUGUUUAACACAGAGACUGCGAUGAACCCCAAGUCCACCCUGCGGCGUAGACGGACCAUUAUCGGAUUCCCUAACCUGUCUCUGCGAGACCAAGGCAGCACCAACGGCCCCACGUUCACCACGCACACGCCCAUUGCCGAGUCCCUCUCCUGCAGCUUCGUGCCUGAGGCUGCGAGCGGGGGGAAGACACCCCAGGAGAUCAGCCCCUGCCAGCCCCUCUCUGCCCCACUGAGGAAGACCUUCAGUGACCUUGGGGCCCGCUGCUGCCAGCCACCUGCCGCCAUGGACAGCGCGGCCAGCCCCUGCGCCAGUGCCUGCAACGGGCCGCAGGGCACCCCCUUCCCCCCGCCCUGGAGUGCCCUGGGCUAUGUGAGCCCCCCCAGCCCGGCUGCUGGCCAGGCCAAGGGGCCUGCCUGUGCCUCACCAGGUGGCUCCGUCCCAUCGCCCAGCCCGGGCUCGCCCACCGCCUCCUUCUUCAUCGCCACAGAGGAGCAUGUGGGCACCAACGGGCCCGGCUCCUUCUCCAGCAUGGUGCCCAAGUCCCCCCCCACCUCCAGAGGUGGCCAGAGGUGUGAGGGCCGAGAAGCCAGGGGGAACUUUUUGCCAGGAAACCAAGAAGAGCUGGAGCCGAUGGUGGAGCCGGCACGGCUGGAGGUGGAGCGGGCAGGGUGCCGGUUCCGCGAGCGGUCACUGUCGGUGCCCACCGACUCGGGGUCCCUCUGCUCCGUGGACAUUGCGUACGCUGAGACCCGGCGGGGCAGCGCCAACUACGCCCUGGGCUACCCCAGCGCCAGCUCCGAGGGCAGCACCAGCACCGACAACGUCUCCCUGGGGCUGGAGCAGGAGGGCCAGCGGCGGCGGCGCUCCAAGAGCAUCUCCCUCAAGAAGGCAAAGAAGAAGCCAUCGCCACCCACACGGAGCGUCUCUCUGAUUAAAGAGGGUCUGGAUGCCACCACGGAGCCUGGCUUGGCGCUGCCCAAGGAUCAGCGACCCAAGAGCCUGUGCAUCCCACCGGACCCCCAGGGCCACCGGCUGGUGCACGCCGACCUGCAGGGAAGGGUGGGGAGGGAGUCUGACAGCUUGGCCACCCCCCAUCAGUGGCAUCUCACAGACUGGAAGGCAGGUGACCCCUACCAGUCCCUCUCCAGCUCGAGCACGGCCACUGGGACCACGGCCAUCGAGUGCACCAAGGCAAGGGGCAGCUCUGAGUCCCUUACAUCCCCCUCCACCUCCAGGGCCACGACGCCCUCCCAGCUCUCUGCCGAGGCAGACCUCAAGACCUCCUCCCCAUGCAGGCCCACAGGGCUGAUGUCCCCAUCCAGCGGGUACUCCAGCCAGUCGGAGACCCCAACCCCCACCAUCCCUACCUCUGCCAUCCUCGGGCACUCCCCACACCAGGUGCGGGUGAGGCCGCUGGUCCCUGAGAGGAAGUCCUCGCUGCCCCCCACAUCCCCCAUGGAGAGGAGCCCCAAGUCCAGGCUGUCCUUCGACCUGCCGCUCACGCCACCUGCACACCUGGACCUCUCGGGGCUGAAGAUCUCUCUGAAGGGGAAGACAAAGGUCAGCCGGCACCACUCUGACUCCACCUUCGGCACCAAGCUGGCCCAGAAGACCAGCCCCAUUGCGCCCAUCAUGCCAGUGGUCACACAGUCCGACCUGCGCUCCGUCCGCCUCCGCUCCAUCAGCCGCUCAGAGCCAGAGGACAACGCCGACAGCCCAGAGCAUGCCGAGGAGCCAGCACGCGGUCCCUGCCUGGGGCCAGAGAGGAAGGUGAAGCCACCUGUGGCAGAGAAGCCACUGCUGGCCAAGCGGCCCCCGAGCAUCCUGCCCAAACCCCCAACUUUGCGGGAGGAGGGUCCUCUGUCCCCCACGUCCCCGCCAGGCACCACCGCCAAGGAGAAGGGGCUGCUGCAGGACAGCUUUGUGGUUCUGCGGAACGGGGAGCUGAGGAGGGGUCUGGGGGAGCCCCCCUCACCCCUGACCCCGGUGGCACCCCGGCGGCUCUCACAGGGCAGUCUGGAGGAUGAGCCGAGGCCAGAGCGGAGUGGUGCCAGUGAGCGGGAGCGGAGGAAGGCCAAGGUGCCACCACCAGUGCCCAAAAAACCCAGCGUGCUCUACCUGCCACUUGCCCCAACACGAGUGCAGCUGGGAGCCAGCAUGGGGGAUCAGGCACCCACCCCCAGCCCCAUCAUCACACUGGACACUGACCCCACCUGCUGCAACCCUAAUGCCGAGGGUCCGCUGUUCCCAGAGGCUCAGGGCACCACAGAAGCUGGUGACCCCACCUCAGAGCAAGGCAGCUCGGCAGAGGCUGCCAUGGAGAAGAGCUUCGCCAGUGACAAGACAGCUGACUCUAUCGCGGAGGAGGACGAUGACGUGUUCAUGGCGUCCCGCACCACAGAGGAUCUCUUCACUGUGAUCCACAGGUCGAAGAGGAAGGUCUUGGGGCGGAAAGAGCCUGGUGACACCUUUGGCAGCCGGCCUAACUCUCACUCACCUGUAAAGACUUUGGUCUCCCCGACCGGUGAGUCCCCAGCAGCAACGGGCAGCACUGGGAAGUCUUCCAGCAGGAAUGAAGACUUUAAAGCCCUGCUCCAGAAGAAGAGCAGCAAAACCAGCCCUGGGACCCGGCCAUCUGCCACUGAACUGCUCAAGACCACAAACCCCCUGGCUCGGAGGGUCAUGAUGGAGUUUGCCCCUGAGCUGGAUGGUGCAAACAGCCCCAAAAGCAAGCCGUAACCUUGCAUGGUCCCUUCUGGCCAUGAAGGGCUGGAGAUGGCUGCAGAAGGUGUCCUGGCUGCCUGGGUGAGUCCGUGUGUCCAGCAGGGGGUUUUUCUUCUGCUUUUGUUUCUUCCUUGGAGAGCCGCCAGCAGAGAGGCAGCACCUGGAGCCCAAGCCCCCGUGUCUCUGACAGAGCUGGACUGUUUCCGGGAGGGGAGAUCGGUGACACCACAGCUGGGACUGUACCCGGCGGAGCUGACUCCCGGGACCAAAGGCACCUGCUUUGGAAGCAGAGCAGGACUGACCGCAGCCCCUGGCACCGCUCAGCACCCGCAGCAAAGCUAGCUUGAAACUGUUUGGUCACUUCGGCAUGUGGUACUUUAAAUGGCUUUUCUAAUGCACAGUGGUGAUGAUGUUUUAUUCUCUUUCAUUUGACAUUGUACCUUGAGUUUCCCAGGCAAAGAUCCGGGGUUUGAGUUCGGCUGGAUACACAGAGAUGUACUUUGGGAAGACAUAAGGGGGCCAGCUGGAAUUGAGGUUGCUUUGGAAGAGCCACAAACAGUUCCCCCUCAUCGUCUCAAGCAUCCUCCCCGCCCCAUGGGGAACAGGCACCCCGGCAUUCACACCCAGCACGGUGACCUCAAGCCAAACCCCAGCCCCUCAAAAGCCCCCAAAAUGCUGCAUUUCAGAGCUCCUCAGCUCUUGGUCCAAAAGCAAACCCCAGGGUCUCCUCCACCAGCAGCCGGGGGAGCCUCGCCCUGCCGGCAGCACCACAUGCACAGGUCCACCGGCCUCCCCACGUGAGCAGCUCCUGCACCGACAGCUUCGGGUGAUGUGGGGUGUGGGAGCCCCGGCGCUGCAGGAAGGGCCGCGGCAGGCCAGCGCUGCUCAGGAGAGCCCUUCCCCAGCUCUGCGCGGAUCGCACCAAACCACUUGCAGCAGCACCGCCGGUGACAUCGGCCGCGCCAGCCGCUGAGGUCCCAGGCUGCCGCUGAGCUGUUGGCCAAGCCCAGCCAGACGCUGAGGGGCAGGGAGGGCUCAGGAGAGCAGGGCUGGGAGGCAACGCCAGCCCCAGUAUGGCUGUGUGCCCGUAGCAGGAGAAAAAGGGCCGGGCUGCGGCUGAUGAAGAAACCGUGUUUAGGAAAAUUUCCGCUUUAUUUCUUGAUAUAUUUCUGCAAGCUCUGGUGUGCCCCAGCCCUUCUGUGUGUGUGUGAGAGCGAUGCAGCUGGUUUCGGGCAGCAGUGGGGAACGGAAGGCAGCACAGCAGCACUGCAGCUGCCCCUCCGAAGGGGCAGGACUGGUCUGGGAGGACCUCUGCCCCCCCGGGAGCUCUGCACACAGCCUGGGCCCCCCAGGAGCAGAGCCGUUCGUGAACACCUCCCCACCCGCACACCUGUGCUGGAUUUGACCCCAAAUGAGGCUCCGCUCUCCUGUGGAUGGCUCCCCCUCCCCUGGUUACUUGCACAUUGUUCCCUCUCCCAGGGUCACAGAUUUAAGCCUGUAAUGAAGACCCAGGCUGAGAAACUCAGGAAAAAAAAAAAGCCCUAACGAUUUACACGCUUUGCCUGCACCGCAUGGCACCCAGUCCUCCCGCUGCCCCUGGGGCUGGCAGCAGGGCACGGGGCCCUGGGGACAGGAGACGGAAGCUCUGGGGACAGGUACAUUUUGCACAUGACUACUCAGGAAACCGGCGGUGGUGGUGGCCGAGGGAUGGCAGCCGGCAAAGUGAGCUGGGGACAAGUGUGGGGGUGAGAACACCCUGCGAAACCUGGCACCGCAGAGAGCAAAAGUGGUCAUCUGCUACCAGACAGGGAAGGUCUGGGAGGCCCGGGGUGAACCUCGGCAGCUGAGCCGAGCGUCAGGCCACGGGGUGGAUCCUGGUUUCCCUGGCUGCGGGAACGGGCCCUUCCCAGCAGAGCUGGCCGGCGCUGGGCCCAGGGCUCGUCCCGGGCCGCUCGCUCCUCCUCCCUGCGGCCAGGGCUGCAGAACCGCUCCUGCGGCUGCUUCACUGUGGGAAAAGCAGCUUGCGGGCCCUGGGAGCCCAGCCAGAGGUGACACCACCUGGUCCCAGGCUGGGCACUGAGCCACCGUGAUACAGACUUGUGAAUGUUGUAUUUUUGAUUUCGCUAGCUUGAUAAACUGCUCCCUGCUGA